CUGCCAUGGCUCUUUCUCUGGUCUCCACACUCCUCCAUCAUUUAACCCCCCACCUUCCUCCCUUUUUCCCCAUAGUUUCUCUCUCUCUCUCUCUCUCUUCUCAGCUCACCUUCUUUCUCUCUCCCCUCCUCUUCUUCCUCACCCACCGUCUCACUCUCUCUCUCUCGCCAUGAGGAUCAUCAAGAUCAGCUCCAAGGCCCUCAGGCUCAGCCCUAAGCAAUUCUUCGGGUCCCGGAAGGGCCGAUCCGUCGCAUCCCGCUCCGACCCGCCGUCGUUCGGCUCCGGCACCACCUCCUCCUCCCUCUCCGACGGUUCCUCCUCCUCCGUCCACAAGCGCGAGGCCCUGACCCCGACCAGCGUCCUCGGCGGAGGCGACUGGGCCGGCAACCUCGAGCUCUCCCGCGCGUUCGGGCUCAUCGACCGGGAUGGCGACGGGAUCAUCUCGCGGAAGGAGCUCGAGGCCCUCCUCAGCCGGCUCGGCAGCCGCGACGAGGUGGCGGUGAUGCUGAGCGAGGUGGGGUGCCACGGCGAGGGCGAGGACGCCGCCGUGAGCAUCGAGGAGCUGCUGAGCAGGGUGGGCACGGCGUGCGGGCCGGUCUGCGACGACGCGGAGCUGAGGGAGACGUUCGAGUUCUUCGACGAGGACCACGACGGGAGGAUCACGGCGGAGGAGCUCCUGCGGGUGUUCACGGCGCUCGGGGACGAUCGUUGCACGCUAGAGGACUGCAGGCGCAUGAUCGCGGAGGUGGACAAGAACGGGGACGGGUUCGUGUGCUUCGAGGACUUCGCUCAGAUGAUGGACCUGCAGAGGUGAUGAUGAUCUGAAGUCAAGUCAGUUUCUGCUCCUGAUGAUCGUACCGUACGCCGUUGUGAUUUUUCCCUUCUUUUCUUGUGCCUUUUCCUUUCCCCCUUUUAAAUGAUGUCUCGGGCGGGUGACAAGGGCCGCGAGAUCUCGGCAAUGAAGAGAUCAACGGCCGGGAUUGUUUUGUGAUGGAGGAUCUGUCAUUUUUUGUUCUCUGUCUCUCUCUGCCGUACAUACACGAGUGACUAAAUCAAAACUUGUACUCUGUUUUCUCUC